AUGUUCGAAUUGUCACCUGUAGCCUUCUCGGUGCUGGGACCGGUCCAAACGAUCAGCCUCGCAAUCGGUCUCGUGUUCUUGGGAUAUAUAUCGUACAUGUCAUAUUUUCACACCCUUUCGCAAUACCCCGGUCCGAAGAUAGCCUCUUUGACGAGCCUUUGGAGGGCAUAUUACGUUUACAAAUUAGUCCUCCAUGAGAAGCUAGUCAAGUUACACCAGCAGUAUGGCCCCGUCGUCCGAAUCGGUCCUAACCAUCUCCAUUUCUGGGAUGGUGAAGCCAUUGCCCCAAUCUACAAGGGGGGUAGGAAGAUGGGAAAGACACAGUUCUAUGAUGCCUUUACUGCAUUUAACCCCAAUCUCUUUGGGGGCAGGGAUGAAGAUAUACAUUCCCUUCGUCGACGACAGCUAGCCCACGGAUUCUCACAGACAUCAGUCGAAAACUUCGAACCUCUCAUUAAUGGUCACAUAGAGAUCUUGCUCAACAAACUCAACGAGUUUGCAAAGACCGGAGAGGUCUUCGAUCUGAAGUCUACAAUCUCGUACUUCGUUCUCGAUAUCCUAGGCGAAGUCGCCUUUAGCCGACCUUUCAAUGCCCAAGCCAGAGGAGAAGCAGAUGAGAUACACGCAAUAAACGACCACCUUCUUUUAUCAUGCGUAAUUGGUGAACUUCCCUUCCAGGCACUGUCGAAGUUCCUAGCGAGAUGGUCGCCCGUUCCAUGGAUGCGAAAGCUAGGGAAGAGCAGAAAUAACCUCAAAGAAACGUGCUCCGAGUGUGUUAGAAACAAGAUCAACAAUGUAUCCGACCGUCGAGAUCUACUCAAGAGCCUCGUGACUACGAAAGAUGUUGAAACCGGCGCCAGUCUCACCGAGCAGGAAAUUAAUUCAGAGGCGUUUGCUAUGCUGGUAGCAGGCUCUCAUUCGACCUCUGGUACAUUGACACUCCUCUUUUGGCACCUCAUCCAUAACCCAGAGAUAUGUGCUACCGUUGCCGCAGAGGUAGCUAGUACUCUUCAACCACUACAGGAUGGAGACAUCUCCUAUCCUAUCAAGGGACUGGAGGCUUCUUUGCCAUAUACCAUGGCAUGCGUAAGGGAGAACUUCCGCCUGAAUCCGGUAUUUACCAUGCCCCUAUGGCGAAGUGUUGGGUCACCCAGCGGAGCGAGAAUUGGAGACUUUGACGUACCGUGUGGUACUAAUGUCUGCAUCUCAAACUACGUUCUCCAUCAUAAUCCGGAGAUCUGGGGCGAGGAUCAUGCGGUAUUUCGACCGGAUAGAUGGCUGGAAAAGGACGAGCCCAACCGCAGCCGGUGCCUUAUUCCAUUCAGUAUUGGACACCGCAUGUGUAUUGGUCGAAAUCUCGCCAUGACAAAUAUAUUGAAGACAGUUACUACCUUGAUCAGCCAGUUCGAAUUUCAUCCGAUCUCUCAGGAUGACCACGUCCGGGUCCGCAGCUCGGGGAUUGGGGAGAUGGAGGGAUCGUUUCAAUGUAAAGUCUCGGUGAAAUGCUGA